AGGGGAGAGCGAUAAGAGAGUGAGCUAACACAGGCAGUGGUUUAAAAGGCCAAGUGGUAGGCUACGGCAGGUCACUCAUAGAGUAGAGCCAGUCCAACCCUUUCAGCAACCAUGACCUACAACGGCACUUGGAAAGUAGACCGCAGCGAGAACUAUGAGAAAUUCAUGGAGCAGAUGGGUGUCAACAUGGUCAAGAGGAAGCUGGCCGCUCACGAUAACCUCAAGAUUACCCUUGAACAAACUGGAGACAAAUUUGUCGUGAAGGAGGCCAGUUCUUUCCGCACGCUGGAUUUGGAAUUUACCCUGGGAGUCACCUUUGAAUAUGCUCUUGCAGAUGGGACAAUGCUAUCAGGUUCAUGGGGCAUGGAAGGAGACAUGAUGAAAGGUACAUUCACCAGAAAGGACAAUGGAAAGGUGCUGACAACUACCAGAGCCAUUGUUGGAGAGGAACUUGUACAGAGCUACAGCUAUGAUGGAGUCGAAGCCAAGAGAAUUUUCAAGAGGGGUUAGAGGAAACCGAUCAAACAAUCCAACCACUAAGACCAAGAAGAGCUACGUUCAAAACCAGAAUGAUACCAUUUUACAACCUUUCUGAAGCCACUGGACCACUUUAGGUCUUUGUAACGCCAACAUAAUUUUUAGCUGUACAAGAUGCACUGUUUGUAAUAGAAAUGUGUAAAGCAGGUUUUAUUUGCACUUCAAGUUUUGAUAUUUUAAGAAGUAAACACAUUUUUUGAAUUAUU